CUUCUUCCCCUUUUCGUUGCUCUGAGAGCGCUGCGCGGGUUCCACUGCCUCCUGUGCCGUUUGGACCCCGCGGUUGCCAUACCCCUAGUGUGGGUAAGGGGGUGUCUGAUGCCAUCGUCUUGGCGACGGAAGGGGUGCUUCCCCCUUCCCGGGCCACUUGGUUCCUCAAAGCGCUGGUGGCCGUGAUUGCUGGAGAGAAGAGGGAAUGCUGGUUGAUCCCGACGAGCGGGGGCUUGGACGGCAGCCUGGUUUAAGCAAGGGAUAGGGAGAGGUAAAAGACAGGAGUAGGUAGGCCUGGAGGGGUGCGGUUGGGUACAGUGUGGACGGCGUGUGAACCCUGGGCGGUGACAGUGGAGAAAGAUGUCUUGGGCCCUGCCCCUGAACCAGGAGCCACCAUGUUGGUGAUACCCCCCGGACUGAGCGAGGAGGAGGAGGCUCUGCAGAAGAAAUUCAACAAACUCAAGAAAAAGAAAAAGGCAUUGCUGGCUCUGAAGAAGCAAAGUAGUAGCAGCACAGCCAGCCAAGGCGGUGUGAAACGCUCACUGUCUGAGCAGCCUGUGGUGGACACAGCCACAGCAACAGAGCAGGCAAAGCAGCUGGUGAAAUCAGGAGCCAUCAGUGCCAUCAAAGCCGAGACCAAGAACUCGGGCUUCAAACGUUCUCGAACCCUAGAGGGGAAGUUAAAGGACCCUGAGAAGGGGCCAGUCCCCACUUUCCAGCCGUUCCAAAGGAGCAUAUCUGCCGAUGACGAUCUGCAGGAGUCAUCCAGACGCCCCCAGAGGAAAUCUCUGUAUGAGAGUUUUGUGUCUUCCAGUGAUCGGCUUCGGGAACUGGGGCCAGAUGGGGAAGAGGCAGAGGGUCCAGGGGCUGGUGAUGGUCCCCCUCGAAGCUUUGACUGGGGCUACGAAGAACGUGGUGGUGCCCGCUCCUCAGCCUCCCCUCCCCGAAGCCGCAGCCGGGACCACAGUCGUGAGCGGAACCGGGACAGAGACCGAGAUCGGGAACGGGAUCGAGACCGAGAUCGGGAACGGGAUCGAGACCGUGAUCGGGACAGGGACCGCGAUCGGGACAGGGACCGAGAUCGGGACAGGGACCGUGAUCGGGACAGGGACCGCGAUCGAGAACGAGAGGGCCCUUUCCGCAGGUCGGAUUCAUUCCCUGAACGCAGGGCCCCUCGGAAGGGGAAUACUCUCUAUGUAUAUGGAGAAGACAUGACGCCCACCCUCCUCCGUGGGGCCUUCUCUCCCUUUGGAAACAUCAUUGACCUCUCCAUGGACCCACCCAGAAACUGUGCCUUCGUCACCUAUGAAAAGAUGGAGUCAGCAGAUCAGGCCGUCGCUGAGCUCAACGGGACCCAGGUGGAGUCCGUACAGCUCAAAGUCAGCAUUGCCCGCAAACAGCCCAUGCUGGAUGCUGCCACUGGCAAGUCUGUCUGGGGCUCCCUUGCUGUCCAGAACAGCCCUAAGGGUUGCCACCGGGACAAGAGGACCCAGAUUGUCUACAGCGAUGAUGUCUACAAGGAAAACCUUGUGGAUGGCUUCUAGGGAAUGGAGCUGGAUUCCGUGUGCCUCAUCUGCACCAACACUGGUCUCAGUAAAACACUGAGGUGGAAGCUCACACAUCUCCCUCAGCCUCUGGUUCUUCAGCACCUGGGAUUGGGGUUGAGCCUUUAAAAACGGCUGUUAGAUUUUCUCUCAGUUGUAACACAUGGCCAGUGCACGUUCCCUUCUCCCUUCCCCCAAAAGGAUCUUGAACACAGG